CUUCUCUAUUUAUCAUGUUCCUUUACUCUGGCAUCCGAGCAAAAUGGACACGUCUGGCCAAGAUAGGCUUCAGCAGAAGGGAGGAGUGUUUCCUAACCUUCUUAAGAUCCUAGGAGAAGCUCAACGCGAUCUUCUUAGCCAAUCAACCCGUAUUGUACCGGAUUUGAAACUCCUUAGCAGUAUCAAAGAUGUUAUUACUGCGGGCGGCCAAAUUAAUGAUCGCAAGUACCUCGUUGAAAACAUCAUCCAAGUUGCCGCAUCUCUUCCAAAUACGUCCAUACUUCGAGGCGAUCUUAAUGCAGCGUUCAUAGGCACCUUAUGGCGUAACCUACAGCAUCCACCAAUGUCAUACCUCGGCGAUGAAUUUAGAUACCGUACUGCUGAUGGGUCCAAUAACAACAUCACAUAUCCCAAACUCGGUGCGGCAGGAAGCCAUUACGCUCGAAGCGUCGCCCCACAGCGCCCAAAGCCUCUUAAUCUUCCCGACCCAUCAGUUAUUUUUGACAGUCUUAUGGCGCGCAAGAAGCCGAUGAAGGAACACCCAACCAAGGUCUCCAGUAGCCUGUUUCACUUUGCCACCCUCAUCAUCCAUGACCUUUUCCGUACCGACGAGAUAGACAGUACUAGGUUGAAGAAUUCAUCCUACCUUGAUUUGAGCCCUCUGUAUGGCAAUAAUGAGGAUGAACAAAAGAAAGUCCGUACAUUCAAGGACGGCUUGUUGAAAAAAGACACAUUUGCCGAAAGCAGACUUCUCAGUCAGCCUCCCGGUGUUUGUGCUCUCGUUAUCGUCUUCAAUCGCUUCCACAACUACGUCGUUCAGGAGCUAGCCACUAUCAACGAGCAGGGGCGCUUCAGUAUACCAACUGGGAUUGCUGAAAAUGACCCUAGAUACGGCCAGGCUCAGUUGAAACGUGACAAUGACCUAUUCCAGACUGGAAGACUUAUCACCUGUGGUCUAUAUGUCAAUGUCAUUUUGAAUGACUAUCUUCGAACAAUUCUUAAUCUCAACCGCAAUCCAGUCAAUUCAGAUUGGAAGCUUGACCCUCGUGAGGAUUUCGAUAACGUCUUUGACAUGGAAGGGACCCCUCGAGGAAUUGGUAACCAAGUCAGCAUCGAGUUUAAUAUGAUCUACAGAUGGCACAGUGCUAUAAGUGCUCAGGAUGAGAAGUGGACGAAUGAUCUAUUUCACAAAAUCUUCGGAGCUGACGUCAACAUUGAUGAUUUGCCUAUCGAUACAUUCCUACGAGGUAUUCGCAAGUGGACCAAGGCUAUACCUCAAGAUCCUGAGAAGUGGACCUUUUGCGGCUUAGAGAGGAAUAGUGAUGGAAGUUUCCCAGACGAACAACUCGUUGAGAUUGUCCAAGACGCGACUGAGAGUGUGGCAGGGGCUUUUGGGGCUCAAAAUGUACCCGCCAUCCUAAAAGUUGUGGAAAUGUAUGGGAUUGAGCAAGGGCGCGAGUGGGGACUGGCGUCACUGAAUGAACUCAGACAAUUCUUCAAACUAGAGCCCUAUUCUUCGUUUGCGGACGUGACCACGGAUCCCUCUAUUGCUGAAGCUCUCGAAGCCCUCUAUGGGCAUCCUGACAACAUCGAGCUCUAUCCAGGACUAUUGGCUGAGGAUGCCAAAAAGCCAAUGGUCCCGGGAUCUGGACUUUGCCCGGGGUUUACAACCUCCUUUGCUAUCCUUUCGGAUGCUGUCGCCCUGGUUCGUGGAGACAGAUUCUAUACUGUUGACUACAAUCCCUCGAACUUGACGAGCUUCGGGUUUAAUGAAGCUAGUUCCGAUUAUGAUGUCGCCGGAGGCGGAGUGAUGUACAAGCUCCUGAUGAGGGCGUUCCCUGGCUGGUAUCGAGCAAAUAGUGUGUUCGCUCUGUAUCCCUUUACUACCCCAGAAGGAAAUAAGGAAAUUUUCGAUAAGCUCGGAACUUUGCACGGUCUAGACUUCAACAAGCCUACGUUCAUUGGUCUUCCGAAACCGAUAACCACCUGGCAAGGUGUUGUCAAUGCACUGGAAAACCAGGCGCAAUUCCGUGUACCUUGGGGUCCACAUACAUUUCAGCUCAUUCACCAUGACUAUAUGCUAAGCAGCGACACUCCCGCCAACGCACAGCAGAGAACCAAAGUCCAGAAGUGUUUGUACAGUCCCGAAAAUGGCCUGGAACAGGUCAAGCAGUUUUAUGAGCAGGUAACCGCGAAUCUUAUCCGCCAAAAUAGUCGUAGGAUUGGUGGUUCAUACCAAAUCGACGUGGUUAAAGACAUAGGAAACAUUGCGCAUGCGACAUUUGUGGGCCACUUCUUUAGUUUCCCGCUGAAGAGCAAUGGGGAAGGAUCAGAUUACUACACAGAGGAGACACUGGCCGAUGCGCUCCGUAACCUCUUCGGUUACGUCUUCCUCGACUUGGAUACGACAAAGUCGUUCAAGAAUCGCAUUGUGGCUGCCAAAGAAACGAAGAGAAUGGGAGAGGUGAUGCAGGAGGUCGUCACUAACAUCAAAUCUAGACAUUUCCCCUCGUUAAGACAGUUGUUUCAUACAAAUUCCGCCAAUACUCUAGGCAGCUACGGGGAACAGCUCGUUGAAAGACUGCUCCAUGCCGGGCAAAGUGUUGAUGAGACCGUGUGGACAAUCAUCCCCACUGCAGCUGCCGCAUCCGCCACUCAGGCCCAAGGCUGGGCUCAAAUGAUUGAUUUGUACUUGUCCGACGACUACUACUCACAUUGGACUGAUAUAAGGAAGCUUGCGCUGUCUAAUGAGCCAGAGGCCUUUGAGAAGCUGAAGAAGUACGCUUUAGAAGGUUUCCGUUUGUCUACGCCAGCCUUUGGCUUGAUUCGCAUCACGAACGGUGACAAAGUAGAGGUUCAAGAUGGCUCAGCCGUGGUGUCUGUUAGCACUGGAGACACCAUAUUUACUGACUUCAUCACUGCUGGCCGUGAUCCUUCUAAGUUCCCUGAUCCGGACCAAAUCAAAUUAGAUCGGCCAGAUGAACUCUACAUCCAUCAUGGCUGGGGACCUCACGCCUGUCUUGGACGUGCCAUUGUCACUGUCGCGGCUGCCAGCAUGCUCCGCGUGUGUGCGCGACUGAACAACUUCCGUCGGGCACCCGGUCCCGCUGGAGAAAUGCAAAGCAAGACGGUCAAUGGGGCCUUCAAAGUCUACCUUUCUGAAGAUGGGAGCAAGUGGGGACCCUUCCCUACAAACAAAAAGGUUAUUUUUGAGCGACUUGAGCAAAGUUGAACCUCACUUACGCCUCAAUAUAUCCUAGUAAGUCUUAAUUGAGUAGGGCAAAAAAGUUAGUGAAGGUAUCGAGAAGCAAUUACAGAAAAUGAUAUAAUGGUUGUAACUUAUUAAGGUUCCAAGGUUCUUUU